AUGACUACUACAACCAAUGACGUGAGAGAGUUCGUUGUGAGCCAACGAAACGGAGUUAAAGGGCUCGUCGACUCUCAGAAACUAACCACACUUUCUUCUCCAUACAUCCAACCUCCCCAAGAACGUCUCUCUUCCGACAAGAUCCUCUCAUCAUCAUCAUCACCAGUUCCUGUCAUCGACGUGUCCAACUGGGAUGACCCUCGCGUGGCUAGUGAGAUAUGCGAUGCAUCGGCUAAGCUCGGGUUGUUUCAGAUAGUGAACCACGGGAUAGCUCCCGCGGAGUUGACGGCUCUGGUCGCGGCGGCGCGUGGUUUUUUUGAGUUGCCAGUGGAGGAGAGGAGAAGGUAUUGGAGAGGAAGUUCGGUGUCGGAGACGGCGUGGCUGACCACUAGUUUCAAUCCUUACAAAGAGAGUGUUCUUGAGUGGAGAGACUUUAUCAAGUUUGAGUUUCUUCCUCAACGUCAUGGCUUCGCUGCCACGUGGCCUCCUGUCUGCAAGGAACAAGUGACAGAUCAUUUCAAGAAGAUGAAACCAAUAGCCAAUAAGAUCUUAAACAUACUCAUCAACAAUCUAAACUCAACCAUCAACGAGUCUUGCGAACAAACACUAAUGGGAACAACGAGAAUGAAUUUCAACUACUAUCCGGAAUGUCCUGAUCCAAGCCUCGCAGUAGGAGCUGGUCGCCACUCAGACAUCAACACACUCACUCUCCUCCUACAAGAGGACGGUGUCUUGAGCAGCCUCUAUGCUCGAGCCACCGAGGACGGUGAAAAAUGGAUUAAUGUCCCUCCAAUUCAAGGAGCAAUUGUUGUUAAUAUUGGAGACGUGUUACAGAUAAUGAGCAAUGAUAGGUACAGGAGCGUGGAACAUUGUGUGCUGGUCAAUAAGUCUUGUAGCCGGGUUUCUAUUCCGGUUUUCUACGGACCGGUUAAUGAUUCGGUUAUAGAGCCGUUACCAGAGGUGUUAGAAGAGAACAAUGAGAUGGCUAAGUAUAAAAAGGUUGUUUAUUCAGACUACUUGAAGGGUUUUUUUGAAAGAGCCCAUGAUGGAAAGACGAAUAUUGAAUCGAUUAAAUUGUAAGGUGUGGGUUUAUAAAAGGGUUUAAAUGAACUCAACACUCAAAAUCUAUCUAUCUUUUUAUUAUUGUUGUUGUUUAAUUACUUUUUUUUUUCAAAGGUACACGUUAAAAUAACAGUUUUAAAUAGGGCUUUUGUAAAAGACCCAAAUGCAUGAUGUAAGAAAACUAUUGAAUCGAUUAAAUAAUAAGGAUUUGGUAA